AUGGCAAAAGAUCUCCCCGGAGGACAUUUCACCCGAAGAAGGGAUGUUAACUCACAAUAUCUACUAGAAAAUACUUGCAACGACAAACGUCUGGACCUUGUCUUCAUCAUUGACAGCUCUCGCAGCGUACGUCCUUACGACUUUGAAAAAGUGAAGGAGUUCAUUUUAACCAUCUUGCAGUUUCUGGACAUCAAUCCUGAUGCCACCCGAGUAGGUCUGAUUCAGUACGGCAGCACAGUCAAACAUGAGUUCUCGCUGAAGACAUUCAGGAGGAAGCAGGAUAUUGAAAGAGCAGUGAAGAGGAUGAUGCACCUGGCAACUGGCACCAUGACUGGACUGGCUAUUCAGUACGCAGUGAACAUCGCAUUUUCAGAGUCAGAAGGAGCGCGGCCUCUGAAGCAGAAUGUGCCCCGAAUUAUCAUGAUAGUGACGGAUGGGAGACCUCAGGAUCCGGUGGCAGAGAUUGCUGCUAAAGCUCGUAACUCGGGUAUCCUGAUUUUUGCCAUUGGAGUGGGAAGAGUAGAUAUGAACACGCUGAAGUCCAUUGGGAGUGAACCGCAUGAAGAGCAUGUGUUUCUGGUUGCUAAUUUCAGUCAGAUUGAAACACUGACCUCUGCCUUCCAGACUAAACUUUGUGUGCCCCAUAUGUGCAGUACAGUUGAGCAUCGCUGUGAUCACUUCUGUAUAAACACCCCUGGCUCCUAUGUAUGCAGAUGUAAACAAGGAUACAUUCUGAAUGCUGACCAGAAGACUUGCAGCACUCGGGAUCUUUGUGCAGUGGAGAAACACGCCUGUGAGCAGAUUUGUGUGAACACACCGGGGUCCUACGUCUGUCAGUGUUAUGAAGGGUAUGAGCUUGAUGCAAAUGGAAAGAAUUGUGUUGUUGUAGACUACUGUGCUUUGGAUAACCAAGGUUGCCAACAUGAAUGUGUUAACACUGAGGACUCCUAUUACUGUACAUGCCACCCAGGGUUCAUUUUAAAUCCAGACAAAAGAACUUGCAGAAGACCAGACUACUGUGCUCUUCAGGACCAUGGCUGUGAACAGGAAUGUGUUAAUACAGAUGAUUCCUAUUUUUGUCGAUGCCAAGAAGGGUUUAGACUUAAUCCAGAUAAAAAAACAUGCAAAAGAGUGGACCACUGUGCUGAAAGCAAUCAUGGCUGCGAGCAACUGUGCCUAAAUACUGGUGCCUCCUACAUCUGUCAGUGCUCUGAAGGAUUUGUCAUCAAUGAGGACCUAAAAACCUGCACGCGAGUUGACUAUUGUGCUCUGAGUGAUCAUGGCUGUGAACACUUGUGUGUAAAUGGUGACCGAUCUUACACUUGUCAGUGUUUUGAAGGAUACAGGCUUCGUAAUGAUGGGAAAACAUGUAAACAUAAAGACAUUUGCAGUUCAGUUGACCAUGGCUGUGAACAUGUUUGUGUCAAUGCUGAUGAGUCAUACAGCUGCCAGUGUUACGAGGGAUUUACACUUAGGGAAGAUGGAAAAACAUGUAGAAGCAAGGAUAUUUGCAAAUCAGUCAACCAUGGCUGUGAACAUGCUUGUGUUAAUGCUGGUGAUUCAUUUGUUUGUAAGUGUCGGGAGGGAUUCCUGCUAAGAGAAGAUGGAAAAACAUGUAAAAAUAAAGACCUGUGUAAAUCCAUUGACCAUGGCUGUGAACACGUGUGCAUUAAUAAUAACAAUUCAUACAGCUGUCAGUGCCAUGAGGGUUUUGUCCUGCGACAAGAUGGAAAAACAUGUCGAAUAUGCACUGAAGGCCCAGUUGACCUGGUGUUUGUGAUUGAUGGAUCAAAAAGUCUUGGAGAGGAUAAUUUUGAAAUUGUAAAGCAAUUUGUCUCAGGAAUCUUGGAUUCACUUGAGAUUUCACCCAAAGCUGCUCGAGUUGGUUUGCUUCAGUAUUCCACUGAAGUUCGCACAGAGUUUACGUUAAGGCAGUUCAGCUCGGCCAAAGACAUGAAGAAAGCUGUAUCACAAAUGAAAUACAUGGGGCGAGGUUCCAUGACAGGACUGGCUCUGAAGCAAAUGUUUGAGAGAAGCUUCACAGAAACAGAAGGAGCUAGGCCAUAUUCAGCAAAUGUCCCUCGAAUCUCCAUUGUGUUUACGGAUGGACGAGCCCAAGAUGAAGUCUCUGAGUGGGCUGCUAGAGCAAAGCGAAAUGGUAUAAUUAUCUAUGCCAUUGGAAUAGGAAAAGCAAUUGAGGAAGAACUGCUAGAAAUUGCUUCUGAGCCAUCAUAUAAACAUCUCUUCUAUGCUGAAGAUUUCACAGCAAUGGAGGACAUAAGUGAAGAGCUAAGAGCCCAAAUCUGUGAAGCUUUGAGAGAGUCAGCUCACCAGCAGGAUCCAUCAUCCAAGAGGCUUCAUAAGACCGGUCCACAGCCUUCAGGACCUGAAUCAACCACAAUAGCCAUCACAGAUGUCAUUGCCUGUCCCAAUCUUGCAAUACACCACAAGUAUCUUUUUGAAGACAGUCACACUCACUCAACAAGAACAGCAGCAAAAGCUUCAAAAGAUAAAGACCAGUGCAAAUGUGAAAACCUUGUAACAUUCCAGAACUAUGCAACCAAUGAAGUAAGAAAACUCACCCAGCGAUUGGAAGAAAUGACGAAGAGAAUGGAAGACUUGGAAAACAGGCUAAAAUACUGAUCAAAAUCUGAAGUGUACACUACACUGUAUAUUUAUACAUACAAACUUGCCAGAGCUAUUUUCUUGAACUGAUUCAAAGUAAAAUAAC